AUGUCCAAGCUAAAUAAAGAUAUUCUUUAUCUGAUAUUUGAAGAACUACAAGAUGAUACAAAGACACUUUAUUCAUCUCUUUCGGUCAAUAAAACAUGGUGUGAAUUAAUCGUUCCAAUUUUAUGGAGAAAUCCUUGGAAAUUCUUAACGAAUAGAAGUGAAAUCUUAUUAAUUAACGUAAUUAUUUCACACUUAUCGGACGAAUCAAAAAAUAAUUUAUUUAUUCAAGAUAAUGAUUUAUUUAAAGUUUUAUUUCAAAAACUUUUAUUUAAUUAUAUCAGUUUUUGUAGACAUUUAAAUUUAAGUUCGAUUAGUUGGAUAAUUUAUUUUAUUGAACUUAAUUACUCAAAAUCAAAUAUUUCAGUUAUUAAAAGUGAAAUAUUAAAUCUUUUCAUUAAUGAAAAUACAAGAUUUACACAUCUUUAUAUACCACAACGUUUUGAUUAUCAAAUUCACCUUAUUCCUGGAGCUAAACACUGUUUUUCAGAAAUUGUGUUCCUUAGUUGUAAUACUAAUAGAGUAAGUGGCAACGUUUUAAUUGGGUUAGCAGAAAUAUGCCAAUCAAUUAAAGAAUUGGAACUUUCUAUCGAAUCUAGGAACAACAAUUAUGAGAUUAUUAAAUUAAUUGAUGCCUCAAAAAAAUUAAUUAAUGUUCGUUUAAAAACCUCCGGUACUGGAAUUGUACUAUGUACUUAUCCAAUCAGAAGUAGUCUAUAUUAUAUUGAAGAAUCAUUUCAUAUAAUUCUUGAAAAUUCAUUAAUGAGACAUGCUCAUACUAUACAAUACUUUAAUAUAGACACACCACCUGCAACGGGAAUUCUUUCAUCUUUGGUAAAUUUAAAAAGAUUGGAAUUAUAUACUAUUAAUCGCAAUAUAAAGUUAAAAUUUAAUAGCUUAGAAGAUAAUACUAUAUCCCUACCUUCAUUGCAAAUUUUAAAAACUGAUAUUUCUCAGACCAGUACUUUAAGAAAUUUAAUUGUUAAUACAAAUGGAAAUCUUACUAAAAUAAGUAUUGAUAAUAUUUUUCGUAGUAAAACUGAUAAUGAAAAUAUUAUUAAAGCUAUUUAUCAAAAUUGUCCAAAUCUUAUGUUUCUUAAAUUAGUGUUUAUAAUUGAAAAUAUUUUAGAAUUAGAAAAACUAUUAAUUAAAUGUCAAUGUUUAAAUGGACUCUAUUUUCAUAUUUUAAAUUUAAUUGGUCUGGAUAAACUAUUCGAAAUGUUAACUAGAUCAUCACCAACCAGUUUAUUUAAGUUUAAGUUUGAUAUUAUUUCUCGUGAGCUGAUUACUCCAGAGUCUUUUAAAUUAUUUAUUAAUAAUUGGAAAGGAAGACAUCCCAUGUUAUUACAAAUUUCUCCAUAUGGAUGUACUGAUUUAAUCGAUUCAGAAGUUAUUAAAAGAUUUGAUUAUUUGCGGAGUAAUUGGAGUUAUUCUGAAGAUUUUGAAUGGUAA